UCCAAGUGGGCUUACCGUAGAAGCUUCCGUUGCAAAUAUGGUUGCCGGAUGCGUUUCUGGUAGCGAAAGCGUAUCCCACAUGUGAGGGUUGUAAACACGCGUGACAUUCCGCGUUUUAAAGUGACUAAUAACGGGCAGAAUGAGACCAGCAGCUGUCUAGCAAGUUGAAGAUGCUGAGCGAUUCUGAAGCCGCCGAGCUGCUCUCCUUCCUGACGCCUGGGACACGGCCCGAUGUCAAAGGCCACACCACCAGCUACAUCCUGGGCUUGUCAGGAAACAGAGAUGGCUGCCGCUUCCUCCGCACCAAACCCGACCUCAUAGCCGCUCUUUUCGCUCUGACGUCUGACCCGUCCAUCGCCAUCGCAAAGGACUGCUACCACAUCCUAAUCAAUCUGUCGGCUGACGAGACUCUUCACCAGGUGUUGGUGACCGAUAUCGGCAUGGUCCCCACGCUGGUCAGGAACCUCAAAGAUCCGCAGUACCACUUUUCUGACCAGAUCUGCACCAUCCUCUCCAACCUGACGCGCCACGAGAAGACAUGCAAGAUACUCUUCAAGGUGCUCCAAGAGGAGCUUGGCCUGGCUCGGCUGGUGGACAUGUUAUGUAUGGAGGCUUACAACCCCCACGCCAAGCUGCACUAUCUGGCUCCGCUGCUGUCCAAUCUCACGCAGCUGCCUGACGCCAGACGCUUCCUGAUGGACAAAGACAGGUGUGUGGUCCAACGCUUGUUGCCCUUCACGCAGUUUCAUGCGUCUGCGGUGCGGCGUGGUGGCGUCAUUGGCGUCCUGCGCAACUGCUGCUUUGACUAUGCUAAUCACGAGUGGCUCCUCAGCGAGCGAGUGGACAUCCUGCCCUUUCUGCUGCUUCCGCUGGCCGGUCCGGAAGAGCUGAGCGAUGAGGACAAUGAAGGUCUGCCUGUGGACCUUCAGUACCUGCCAGAGGAUAAGAAGAGAGAAGAGGACCCCGACAUCAGGAAGAUGCUCCUGGAAACGCUUAUGCUGCUGACGGCGACUAAAGAUGGCCGACAGACUCUGAAAGACAAGAAUGUGUACGUCAUCAUGAGGGAGUUCCACCGAUGGGAGACGAACCCCAAAGUCACCAGCGCAUGUGAAAAACUGGUUGAGGUGCUAAUCGGGGACGAGCCGGAGCAGGGCAUGGAGAACCUGCUGGAGGUCAACAUUCCGCAAGACGUGGAGGAGAAACUGAAGGAGGCAGAUGCCAAGGAGCAGCAGGAGCUGGAAACGCAAGAGGAAAGGACAGAGAAACAACAAAAGGCGGAGCAGAUGGAAUAAUGCCAGUUAUGAAAUAUUUUCACAAGCACGUUUUAUAACGCGGCGUACGACCAGGAAGUUGGACGCAUCUUUAAAAUAUGAUAAAACCGUGCCGGAAACAGACAAUUACGAUGAAUAAAAGAGGCCAUCGCCCAUUCAUCCAC